AUGCCGCUCCUUCAAGAGACUAAAUCGACACCUUCGCCGCCGCUAUACCAAUCAGCGUUCCCCACCCCGAAGAGCGAAAUGCCGCUGAAACGCGUCCGGCUGCAGCGGCCCCACGAACUUCUUCCUAAACGUACGAGUGGCAAGUCUCCUCGCUCGUUGAAAAGCCCAUCCAAGCACAAGAACUAUUCAGAGCGUCAAACUUCAUCUUCCAAGAAACGCUUGCCAUCUAGGCUAGGUGGACCUAGCGUACCCGCCCCUCCCUACCCGACGGACACGUCCCAAAUGCCGCGUACCGCCGCCGAUCCUCUUUCACCGUCAUGCUGGAGAUACUCGGCCAGUCCAUUCCACGAACUGCUACGAGAAGAAUACACGAGAUUUUGGCUGCCGUGGAGAAUGUGGGCGGAGGACAGCCCAACUCUUCUAACGUCUCAUCAUUCAAUGUUCCUUGCGGAACGUGUCAGAGCCUCAGACUGGGUGGAACAGAUGUUUGAAUCCUGGUUCUUGGCUGGCUAUGGUUACCGCAAGACGCAUUCUGAAUAUCUCGGCAUGGACUCUGAUUAA